AUGUCCGCCAAAGUCGCCCUGGUAACAGCCUCGUCGGCAGGUCUGGGAGCCGCCACAGUCAAGGCUCUGGCCCCUUACUUCCGGGUCGUGGUGAACUACUACUCGCGGCAGGAGAAGGCCGACCAAGUGAUCAAAGAAGCCUCUGCGAUCCAGGCCGCCACGUACAGCGCAGAACAAGAGCAGCCGCGCUUCCACGCCAUCAAAGCCGACGUGUCGAAACGCAGCGAGAUUGAGCGGCUCGUCAACGAGACGGUCUCCAAGAUGGGCCGGCUAGACGUCGUCGUGAGCAAUGCGGGGUGGACCCGGUUGACCAACUUCUUCGACCUAGAGCAGCAGAUCGUCGAGGACGACUGGGACCGGUGCUUCAACGUCAACGUCAAGAGCCACCUGUGGCUCCUCUACGCCGCCAAGCCGCAUCUGGAGAAGACGGCCGACACCGAGGGCGUGGGCGGCGCGUUCGUCACCAUUGCCAGUCUCGCGGGCGUCAGGCCCAGUGGGAGUUCCCUGCCUUAUUCCGUCACCAAGGCGGCUGAGAUCCAUCUUACCAAGGGGCUGGCGUUGAUUUGCGGGACGAAAGUCAGGUGUAAUAGUGUUAGUCCCGGCCUGAUGAUGACUGAAUGGGGCAACCAAUUUCCCGAGUCAAAAGUCAAGGCCACAGUCGACAAGGCCGCCUUGAAAUCGACGGCCACGCCGGAGGACAUCGCCGAUCAGAUCAAGACGCUGGUGCUGAGCAAGUCUAUUACGGGGCAGAAUAUCGUCAUGGAUUGCGGUAUUGCGAUAUGA